AUGGCUGGUCCACAUUGUAAAGAAGGAGGGAAGGCUGGUGCUGUUGAAGAGAGAGGCAUGGUGAUGAAGGCUGAUCGUUGUGAGGAGGGAGAGGUUCAUGGUCGAGGCGAGGAGGAAUGGGAGGUGGAGAUGCACUGACAGGUACUGUCGGUGACACAGCGUUAGACACCUCGAUUGGGAGGUAACCUACAUGGGACAUAACAGACAUCUUUCCUAGCAUUUCUAU